CGUUGUUCGAGGAAUUCGCUCCAAGAGAUGCUAUGGUGGCAAACGCGAUGGUCGCAGCAUUUGCCCAACACGGGCAUUUUGACGAGGCUCUUGAUCUCUACGAAUCUAUGGUGUCCCGGGGCGUACGGCCAAGCUCUCACGCGCGGCGGUGCGCGAUCCUCGCGUGUGCCGUACAGGGAAGGCUCGAGCUAGGGGUCUCGAUCCGCGAGAGCACGGAGGAUUUGGACAUUGGCGUGGAGAACUCGGUGCUAAAUCUCUUUGCGAGGUGCGGGGAGAUGGAGAGGGCCUGGGAUUUCUUCCGGGGAAUGCGCGAGAGAGAUGCGGUGUCGUGGAACACGAUGCUGUGGGCGUGUGCGCAUCGCGGGCUGGGUCGCCAGGCGCUGGGAUUGUUCCGGGAGAUGGAUCUCGAGGGCGUGGAGACGAAUCUCUUCGCCUUGCGAUCGAUCGUCCGGGCGUGCUCCACGAGCCUCGCAGAGGAAUGCCAGGGUGUUUACGAGUGGGAAUUGGAUCAAGCAGUAGCAAAUUCUCCCCUCGAACAGUGAACGCUUCUUUCAUUCUUCUUAGGAAGAACUCUUUUUACUGUAGUGAAAGCAAGCUUUUAACACUGCAUUAACAAUGCAGUGUUAAUGCAUUGUUAACCUAAAGUUGACCUAAACUUUGACUAGGUGCCGAAUGUUGACCACGUGCUCCAUUUUAUAUGGUGAGGACCUUUGAAUAUCAUUGACUCGCGUGUAUGGUGAGGACCCUUGGAUAUGACUGACUCGCGUGCUCCAUGUUAUAUGAUCUCAGUGGCAAGCAAUGCGUGACAUACCAAGUUUCUGUCACGGACAGAACCCCACUCUCUACUUCGAGCGAUUGAUCCACUCUUUCCAUUCUCGAUGAAGUAAG